UUGUGUAAUCAACAAUGUUGCACACUUUAUUUAUCUCUCUUUACCACAGGGAAUGCUAAAAGUCACUGGGAUCAGGUGGAUGAAUAUCAGCUGUGUGUGUGCGUGCACCCACAUUACUGAGUGCAGGAUACCCUUCUGACAUGCUGUAUGCAAAACAAAAAGAUUAGCCGCACAAACACAUGUCUCACUGUUUGCGGCAGUAAACUGAGAUAUUGAAACAUUUUUCUGAGGGAUUACUGGAAAUAUGAUUGUCUGUCUGAAUGUGUAGAGUGUUAUGUGCUUUUUUUGGAGCCAUUCCAUCCAGCUUUCCCUCAGUAUUGUUGUGGUCUGUUAUCCCAUGGAGGUUAAGCCUACGAGGUUGGGUUGUCUUGCUAGGUUAUUGUAUAGAGAUUAAGUUAGGCAACCAGCAAGUAAUCGGCCUAGUGUGCCACUUGUGUAACAAGUUAAACAAGCACACCAUGCAAAAAAUGGACCAGCCCAUCUUGCAUUUGAAAUGCCAGAUGGCCAGUUCGACCCUGUGUGUAGGUACUAGUACACAAAACCAGGUUGAGAGAUGGCUAUCUUUUCAACCGAAAACUUUAGGUAUUGGAAUUACCUCUCUGUACCACCCACUAGUGACAAGUCAAAACUUAUCUAGGCUCCAUUUCAAAACAUGGAAGGUGACUAGUUUAGGGUUGAGGAGGGAAAGGGUGGGCUUUCCUUGCGGAAGCAGACUCAUAUCUAAGUGAUCAGGCUGCUCGAGGCAGUGGGCCUGCUGCUGAGGCCCUUUAAAACAACACUAUCUGCUCUCCACCACAUGCUCACCUGACUGCUCCUGCUAUGAGUCAUGGGGCUGAGGCUAAACCUGGAUCAUAAUUAGCUACAGUUUUUUACGCAAGAUAUGUGAUAACUAUGUUUCCAUACUCAACGUUACAGCUUAGCUUAUACAAAACGUUGCCAUAGAUUUUUCAACUAACCUGCUCUUGGCAAUACUAUCUUCGUUCUCGUGUCAGGUACAAGAUUAUCUUCUAAAUGUCCGUGUCCAGUUGCUGGUGGUUCUACAAAAAAAUAUAUUAAAACCAUGUUUUGUAUCGAGCGGGAAAUGCCUCUUGCAUGUGUGUAGAUCUUUGUUUUUCUCGCACUGUGUAACUUGCUGUCAUCUAUUAGUAGAAACAACUAGUUCCUGCAAAGAUGCUGGGAAAUGCUAGAUGUGCGUUGGCGAAGAGCCUCCCAGCACGGCACAAAACAUGGAUUGAAAUGCUUUCGGAUUUUUUUUCUCCAGAUUUUUUGUAGAAUCACCUGCAACUGGACACUCACAUUUCUAAGAACAUUUUCCCUAAUGACCAUUACUCAGGCCUCUUUCUUUUUGUGGUGGGAGACUUGGUGUGAGAUGAUGUGUAGUUCGAAAAAAUAUAUAUAUGACAACUCUUUUUAUUGACUCGAGUUAUGAUUCGUUUUUCUGAGUGAUUCAUUCAUUUUUUGUCGUUCUUUUGAACUGCUGGCCGCAAUUAACACUACAGCAGGAUUAAUACGAGUCAAAGAUCAAAGAUCAUAGUCAGUAAAAAAUAGCUCAACUUCCCAUCACUUGUCUGAGGUGUGGAAUAUGUUUUGACACCAGGUGUGGCUAUUAGCAUUGCUUUGAGGUCAUCUCAGUCUGGCGUUUUCCACUAGAUAGUAAAGCCACAAAGUCGAAAAUGGCUAUAUUGUAAAAAUGGGAAAUCACGUUUUAAGUAGAUAAAUUGUAGAAAUAGGUGGAAUUUAUGACGUUGUGGCUGUGGUAACUGUUACAGGCUUUGGUUUUCGAGGUUAGUUCUAUUUAGUUGUGGAUGCGCACUGAUUGGAAUUAUCCUAGUUGAUCAGGAUGUGUUGCACCUGUUGCCUCAUUAGUCAGUCGUUAGUUUCAGGUGAUAUUUAAGAGCUACAGAGCCAAUGCUUCAGUGGGCAUAUCUUAUGUGAAACAAAGCCUUUUUUAUCAUGUCUCACCUGUUUGGUUUGUGCCACAUUUAUUUGCACUCCAUUACCUAAGUUGGUGUGAGUUGUCUUUUCCUUUAGUUUGUCUGCUAUCAGGCAAAUCCAGUGGGUGUUUGUUUGGCCAGCACCCAGUCAGUAGGCACCCCCUUGGAUGCCUUUUAAACCCCCACCUGUUUUGUUCUGGUUGUCAGAGGCUCAUUUGGUAGUUGCCUAUUUCUAUUGAGCAGCAAUUUUAUUUUUAUUAUUUUUGGGGGGGUGUGUGUAUGUAACAUUACUAGUGACGACCAAGUCUGACCCUGUUUCCUUAUUGGCAAGCUCUAGAUGGGCUGGAUUCCUGAUUGGACAGCACUGUCUAGCCUGGUAUCCUUGCUGUCACUGCAUCAUUCACUUUGAACUUUUCUUCCAGACCUCUCUAAGGUCUGUUUUUACAUAAAAUCAUUGUACACAACACUUAAGGAUUCUUCAAGAGGUCUGGGUGAUUGAUGAUUUUUAGAAGGGAGUGAUGAUGAUGGACGGUUUAUGGUAUUGUUAUACAACGGGUGGGUCUAAUCUUUAAUACUGAUUGGAAAAAAACGCAUUCCAGCCGGUGUCUAUUCCACAAAUUAGCACCGGCUAAAUCUAUGACGUUAAAAUGCCUAUUUACUCUGUUCCAUCUGACUGCACAAUCAUCCCAGCCAAGUUAUAAACUUGAUCUCCAUUAUAAAAAGCAUCUAGACAUUAUCUCAAUUUUCUUUUACACUAACAUUUAGUUUUCAACAGAAGAGAUUUGUAUAAACCUUAUUAUAGAACAUAAAGACUGAACAACUGGAUAGCGUCUCUAGCAACUGAGCCGAUAGAACGAACGAUCAGCCAGCUUGGGUAGCAACCCUAGAUUUGUGUCAGGACUAUAUCUUGUGGAAGAAUGAAAUGGUUUGAAUAAAUUAAUCAAAAUAAUGUUUUUAAUGAAAAUAUGUCAAUCAUUAUUUGAAUAUGUUGGUAACCCGUUGUAUAAAAGUGAUGAUGCCCUUGAAACCGGUGUUUUGAAGGAUAUAUUGGCACAAUUUGCUAACACCCCUGCCAAUAUACCGCCUUCUGGCAUUAUCACUUAAUAUUAUGUCCUGUGUGCUUUAUAGCCUGUACUAUCAGUUGAAACAGGCUCUCUGUUUCCAUGUGAGUGGUGGAGGUUGACUUUGUUCUCUGUCACAGUUAGAAUCAGGGUGGAGUACCGUUUCCUCCCUUGUUUCCCAGAACCCUCCCCCCUUUCCUCUGUCCGAGUCACACAGCUGCAGACAGCCUACACACACCGGACCUCCACUCACUCUUCAGGCACGCUUUUGACAAGAAAAUGGGUAUAGGAAGGAUCCAUUUGGUCACCUUUCGAAUCUCCGGGAUAAGAUCAACUGUAUUUCCUGCUACCAGCUGAAUGGAGUGAAUGUGCUGCCGUGUGUUUCUGGUAGUAUCAGUCAGUCAACCCACUGUGGAUCUGGAGUGUGUCGGCCCAGCACAGCCAUCAUUUAUCCUGCUUGAGUGGAUUUUAACUGACCUGCCUGCCUGCCGUGCUCUCCUUGUCAGAGGCAAACCGUUCUGCCAGAGCCUGCUGUGCCUGUGUGUAGGAGAACCAAGGAGGUGUAUGUGUUACAGACAACUGCGUUUAGCAACUCAUUCUUUGGACAUCGUGAACUGAAUCCACUGGUUUUUGUAACUUCCCGAAGAGAUGGCUGUACAUGGUUUGGACCUGGCCUCUGGACUUUGAUGUUUUGUCCGUAUGUGGCUUUAGUAGCCUUCUGUGGGUCUCUGCACUGUCACAGCCGCCCCCCGCCCCUCCCUACCUAGGGUGUUGGGAUCGACUAGGGACAAGUGUUUGAGUUUUUGAACACAACCUUCUGCUUCCUCAUGGCAUGCUGCCUCAAGUCCCACCACCAUGGAAGCUGGACCCUGACUUCUCACCCAGUUGAUGAAGUUGACCACCUGCACACCACGACGGAGGGAGAUGGGGACAGCACCCCUCUCCCAUUCAAGGGCAAGGGCAAGUUCUCUACCCUUGGCAAGAUCUUCAAACCAUGGAAGUGGAGGAAGAAGAAAAGCAGUGAGAAGUUUACGGAGACUUCAGAAGUUCUGGAGAGAAAGAUGUCGAUGAGGCGACCGAGGCAGGAGCUUAUAGAACAGGGAGUGCUGAAGGAGCUCCCGGAGAAUGAAGGGGACGAUCCUCACAGCCCCAAGCAGCCCUACGUGAAGAAUGGCCACACCCUGCCCGUGGGUGGUGGAGGGGGCAGAGGGCAGGAGAACCAGACAAGACCCCCCUCAGACUCUGGGAUGAACCCCUCAGACUUUAAGAUUAACCCAGCCUGGCUGCCCCAGCCAGAGGACCGCAGGGUCCGCUUCCCCCCGGAUGUAGACCGCCAUGGGGACCAGGGUGGCCCCAGAGGCUCCGGACAUCAGGAGGAGGGCCAGCGAGGAGGUGGAGGGCGGUCCCAGGGGGAGGGGAAGUCUAACAUGGCCUGGCAGGGCCAGGUGGUGGGCCAGGUGCAGGGGAUGGGACAGGAGGAGGGUAGACGUGGGGGCAGACUACACCCUUCUGAUGGAGACAAGCGGCCGGGCCUGCAGAAGGCGCCAUCAGAGGACGGAAGGAGGAGUCGCCCCGCUGAGACAGCAUGGAAGCCCACCCUCCCCCGGCACGCGUCCGCAGAGGAGGGAAGGGCCCGUAGAGAAUCAGAUUUUGUUCCUGACCCAGAUUCGCUGCGGGAUACUCUCCGAGAGUCGCUGCCCCCCAAACAGUCCAUUAUGCCCCCCAAGUGGCUGAUAAGCUCCACCUCCGAGCCCGGCAGCGAACCGAACCCUGCAACCACAUACUCUUCCUCCUCCUCUUCUUCCUCUGCAGUUGCAAAGCCUGCCCAAACUGUCUCCUCUGCAGGCGCCAACACCCAAUCUUCAGCAAUAGUGUCCCUUGCGCCAUCCUCCACCCCCCAGGCGACCAAGCAGCCACCCCUCCCCCUGCCCAAGCCCGUCAACAGGGGCGUUAAUGCUGCCAUGUUGGCCUCCACUCUACAGGGGGGUGUGAACCAGAAUGACUCCCAACUGCCCCUCUACUGGUCCUGCUGGAAACGCGAGGGCGACUAUGACGUCUACCUGUCCCUCCCGGUCUACCUGUGUCGGCGGGACGGCAGAGGCCUGCGGUCAGGCAACCUCACCCAGGCCGGUACCAGCCUUGUGCCAACUAAGCCCUCUCCACCGAUGCCCCCCAAGAGGACCACCCCUGUCACAAAGCGCAACCCGGAGGACCCCUCUGCGUCCACCCAGUCGGUCCCGACCCCCUCCCCCUCACUGCUUUCUCCCGAGGACCAUCAUAACCACUCAGUCGGCUUCCAGAUGCCCCCUUCCCCGCCCUUACCCAACUACAUCCCUUCCCCCCGCCAGCAUCUGCACACGCACUACCUCCACCACCAGCACUCCUACCAACAUCCCAUCCCUCAGCCCUUGCUCUUUGACCCCCCCAGCCCCACCAGUGAGCCUCCCCAGCGUCCGGCCCCCGUCCCCCUGCACAUCAUGAUCCAGAGGGCCCUGUCCAGCCCCGGCCAGGCCCAGCCACAUCCCGACGGCUCCCAGCGUUCAGCCCACUCCCUGCUCUUUGAGACGCCGCCCGAGUACCAGGGGGACCGCGGCCGGCCCCUAGCCGUCAGCAUCCAGCCUCUGAAACUGGCUGAGGAUGACUACUCUGAGGAGGAGGAGGAUGAUGAUGAUGAAGAGGAAGAGUACGAUGGGGAGCUUCCCCAGCCAGAGCUGGAGCCACGGAGCAGGAGGUGCAUGGUGGGAGAGCCCAGCAUCAACGUCAUCCCCGAGGGGCCCAACAGCAGUGAGGAGGAGGAGGAGGAAGAAGAGCAGGACCUGCAAAGGGAAGACAGCGACUCGGACGGGCCAGUGCUCUAUAAAGAUGAAAAUUCAGAUGAGGAUGAGGAAGAUGAGCCUCCACCCAGUGCUUUGGCCAGCAGGGUCAGAAGGAAAGACACGUUAGCUUUGAAACUGAGUAACCGACACGCCCCAGAGAAACAUGCUCGAGAGGACAAGUCCAGCAGUCACACCGAACGACGCACUCCGGGACACACACCAGGUCACACACACCAAGGGUCAACAGGGCUGACAUGGCAGAGCAGGGAGCAAUGGGAGGCCAUACGCACACAAAUAGGCUCUGCACUCACAAGGCGUCUCAGCCAGAGACCCAGUGCAGAGGAGCUGGAGCAGAGAAACAUCCUUCAACCCAAGAACCAGGUAGACAGGCAGGCGGAGGUCCGAGAGAUCAAACGUAGACUCACCAGGAAGCUGAGUGAGAGGCCAACGGUUGCUGAGCUACAGGCCAGAAAAAUCCUGCGCUUCCACGAGUAUGUGGAGGUCACCACAGCCAAUGAUUAUGAUCGGCGAGCAGACAAGCCCUGGACCAAGCUAACACCCGCCGACAAGGCUGCCAUUCGGAAGGAGCUCAAUGACUUUAAGAGCUCUGAAAUGGAGGUUCAUGAAGACAGUAGGAUCUAUACAAGGUUCCACCGGCCUUAGUAUCCACCCCAUACUGGAAAACACUUACUUAACCAGUGGCCGGCAGAGUCUCUGGAGAGGAGUCGCGGGGUCUCGGUGCUCCCUAAACAGACUUCCCUUUUAUGUUGCUGAAUGUACUGUACAGAUCAUCAAGGAAGGCCCUGGAAUUGACUGAACGGAAAACAGGGGGACUGAGGACCAGAUGCAGUAUUUCUAUCAGACAAUAGGGGGUACCAAGUGCCAACAAAGUGAAGAGGUGGCAGAGGGGCUUGACCCAGAGGGCUGACUGGGAGCCACUCUGCCGAUGUGUGUUAUCCUUCAGGGUUCCACUGACAACGACCUUUUGCCACCUCUUUCGAUGUUGCCUUUUUUCUGAUUUUACUCUGUAUGGCACAGUUAACCCAUGUUGCAGAGAUGUAAAUGUAAUAACAUUACAGUAAUAAUAGUCCUAAUAAUGACAGCUACAAUAAUAAACACAUUAAUAAUAAAUGUUAGAGACGAAGCUGCAGGAAGAGAAUGAGGAGGAAGACGACUGUGGGAUUUGCCAUUCUCCUAACUGGAAAAGCUCUGUGAUUUCUUAGACUGAAACUUGAGAGUUCUAAUAGUGACAACUGUAAUGCAUAAUAUUUUGAUCACAUCAGAAAUUACUGCUUUUAUUUGAACCUGUUUCAAUAGUGUGCAUUUUUACAUUUUAAUCAUUUAGCAGACACUCAUCCAGAGUGAUUUACAGGAGCAAUUAUGGUUAAGUGCCUUGCUCAAGGGCACAGCGGCAGAUUUGUCACCUAGUCCGCUUGGGGAUUCGAUCAGCGAACUUUCGGUUACUGGCCCAACGUUCUUAACAGCUAGCCUGCCUUGCCUGUAUUUAUAUUUGGCUGUGACGCGGGGUGAGCAUUUGAGCUUUAACUAGUCAUAGGAAAGAACACAACGAGGAGGUAGUUGGUGUGCUAUUCUUUUUUUAAAUUAGUUUCGUCAUUUUUUUUGCCAGACUCUGAUCCCCAUGCUGACAGUAGAAUGCUGUUUUCAUAUCACAGAUUUCUUCAUUUCGCUGCAUGAGCCAACACACAGUGCAAUUAUUGAAUCAACACUUUUUUUUAUUUAUGCUUUUUUAUUUGUGUUUUUUGUACUUCUCUACAUAGGUCAAACCAUGCAAUGCUGCAAAUAAUAGCUGUUUUAAAAUGCUAAGAUUAUGAUGGCAUCUUAAAUAAAACAAAAGUUUCAAUGUUACAUUCUGUAAAGAUUUGUAUCAAAGUGCAGUUGGCAUAGAUCAGGAUUUGAUGAAAAAAACACAAUUAGUGGAUUUUACGGUUGACAGGGAAUCAUUUCGUCAGGAAAAUACUUUUUUAUCUGGAGAAAUGUUACAUGCGUUGUAUUCUGGCCAGUAGAUUACAGAGUCCUUUAAUGUACAGAUGCAUUUAGGUUACUGUUGUGUAUAUAUUGUUCUUCCUUAUUAUUUGAAAAUAAAUGUUAACUAUAAUAGUAUUAUAGGUUGCUAUUUUUCUAAGCACAAAAUAUUACUGUAUGAUUAAACACUACAACAAUGGGAAUCUUUAAGUGGUCAGUUUAACUUAGUUUUUUUACGAAAUGUACAAUUUUAGUAACUGCCUGUAAAUAGUCACCUAUAAUUAAAAACCUUAAAUCAC